GAGGAUUGUCUCAUUCUGAUGAUGUGGCAAUAUACCGAAACGAUUGCAACAGAAACAAAAAUACCGACCGCAGAGAAACAUCGAUAAAACGUAAACACAGUCUGGAAAAGCAAACUACGAUCGAAUCAUUUUGUUCACGAAGCUUGUUUAGUUUUGGUUCUUCAAAUUUUUGGAAGAGAGAGAGAGAAAGAGAGAAGAUGAAGAUCACGUCGUUGAUGGUACUGAAAUGCCAUCCGGAUGGGUCGGAUCCGAUGGUCUUAGCAAACGCAUCGGACGUUAGCCAUUUCGGGUACUUUCAGAGAUCGAGCGUAAAGGAAUUCGUCGUCUUCGUUGGUCGGACUGUCGCUAAAAGGACCCCACCCGGACAACGCCAAUCGGUUCAACACGAAGAGUACAAAGUUCAUUCCUAUAAUAGAAAUGGUGUCUGUGCAUUGGGCUUUAUGGACGAUCACUAUCCCGUUCGAAGUGCGUUCUCUUUGCUCAACCAGGUGCUAGAUGAGUACCAAAAGAAUUUUGGUGAUUCAUGGAGAAACGUGCAGGCAGAUAAUACGCAGCCAUGGCCUUACUUGAAUGAAGCUCUAACCAAAUUUCAGGACCCUGCUGAAGCUGACAAGCUAUUGAAAAUUCAGAGGGAAUUGGAUGAAACUAAAAUUAUCCUCCAUAAGACUAUUGAUAGUGUUCUUGCAAGAGGUGAGAAGCUGGACAGUUUAGUUGAGAAGAGUUCAGAUCUCAGCUCAGCUUCGCAGAUGUUUUACAAGCAGGCGAAGAAGACCAAUCAAUGCUGUACGAUAUUGUAAAUUCUGAAGCAAAGGUGCCUGUCCAACCUUGGAUCCAAGUGUUCCACUGUCAGUAGUUGCAUCAUGAAUAGUUGUCGUGUGAGGUAUAAAUUGUUACAAGGCAAAACUCUGUUGAUGGUUCCCAUUUGUAUCUUGGUUUUUCGUAUUGAAGAAGGGAAACUGAUAGAUAUUGGCAUUGUUUUGUUAGUGCAAUAGUAUACAAGUAUGCUUGAUGUUCACUUUCCCCCAGAUCACUGGCUUCUUUAAUUUUUUGUACUCUUCCAAUGUCCUGUUCGGAUUCAUAUAUUGUGAAACAGUUUCUGGCUUUUUGUUUUUGUGAAUUUCUCCUCUUCCACAUGCAAUUUUAUGGACAUAACUUUGUAGUGAGAUUAUACUUCAGAAAUAUCAUCA